AUGGCUACGGCCAUUAAUCGCAUGACCAAUAUCCUUGAGCGCUUAGUUGAGCGCCAGGGACCUGAACCAAUCAACCAACCUAGGGACCAAGAAAAUGGUGAAAAUAGAGCCCUGGAGCGAUUCCUGAAGUUCGCUCCACCUAAGUUCCAUGGAGGAUCUGAUCCCGAAGUAGCGGAAAAUUGGUUUGAAAGGAUGGUUAAUAUUUUCACUACUUUAGAUUAUAACGAGGAAAGGCAAGAAAAGAGGGAGGACGACUUUAUAAAGUUGAAACAAGGAUUAUUAAGUGUGGCCGAGUAUAAGGAACGAUUCACCAAACUUUCUAAAUUUGCCCCUGAAUUGGUAGUCACUGAACGGAAAAGGAUAAGAAGGUUUAUUCAGGGGCUAAAUGUAGAAAUCCAAGAAUCCCUAGCGGCUGCCCAGAUUACCACUUUUACGGAUGCCUUGGAUAAGCCACAGAGGGUAGAAAAUGCUAAGUCUCAAUCUAAGACUUUUCAUGCUAGAAAGAGCGGUAACCCAAGCGAUACCCCUAAAUAG